UCGUUUUUGCUACAUUGCAUCGUCGUCAUCGGCGGGCUCCAUCAGGAGACUCUCCCGGUGGUCGUAGCGCCAGAAGGCUGCCGCGUCUAUCAACAUGGUGAGCACAGUGCCACCCUGCCGGCAGUUCAGGAGCUCUUGCCGAGUGAUGGUGCCAGUAUCUUUGGCCUUCACCAUGUCAAAUAUCUCAUCUUUAACAUCGUCGACGGAUGCUACGUCGCAUCUCUUGGUCUCCAAGAGGCUCAAGAUUGCCCGGAAGCGUCUUCGAUAAUUUAUCACGAAUCCGUCGAUAACACCAUUAUGAUUAAUGUCAAUCACCUUCCAGAAAUAUUGCGCUGCCUGUUUUGUGUUCUUAUUGUCCAUUGCGAGGACAAAAUCAAGGAAAGUCUUGUAGUCCAUCUCUCGCUCACCCGUCUCAGAGUCCGUGUAAGUGUGGUACUCCUCGAACACCCGCUGUAUGAAAACAUCCGUCAACAUGGCGGCACCGCUGCCGUAGUUCAUGAGUUCCGCUUUGCUGACGGCAUCCCGUUCUGAUCUGUGUCCAGCUCGAGGUACGCACCGUAGACCUUGAGGGCGGACUGCACGCUGAACCAAUUGGACUCCGCCUCCUGGGCGCCGAGAGGGGCCUCCUGCCGGAGCUCGUAGAGCUCCUGCGUGAUGGGCGAAAGGAGCAGCUCCUGGAUGCAGAUCUUGCCCGUCCGCUUGGGAUCCAAGAAGAAAAAGAACUUCCUCACGGCCGUAAAAACGUAGAACGGGUAGAACUCCUCUUGCAGCGAGCUCAGCUGCGGCAGCGUCGGGAUGAGCUCGAAGAUGAAGUUCUCCAUGUCCUUCUCUCUCAGGUAGCCACGGCCCAUGUCCUCGUAGUGGCUCAGGUGGAUGCGGGUCUGCUUCAGUUUCACCUUGCGAACCACGAAGGUGAAGAACGGCACGAUGGCGAUGCAGCCGAACCGGUCGCGCGGGAACUUCAGGAACACGGAGGGCAGAAAGAACUGCUCGAAGCGCUCCCCGCGCUUGCGGAGCUCGUCGCGAGAUGGAUAUGAAAGCCGGGUAGUCGAUGAUCUCCACCGGGGUUCUCCCGUCCCUGUCCCGCAGCUGAGCGCGCUCCCUCACGAGGUUGAGCAUCGCGUGCAGGUCGCUCUCGUCCAGCAGCUCCUCGUGCGUCUUCCUGUACAGCAGCUGCUUCCGCGCCUCCUGCUGCACACGGAACCGCAGCGAGGUGGAGUCAUCCGUGGGCGUGGCCCUCCGCUCGUAAAAGCGCGGGAUGGACCGCAGCGAUGGGCUGUCUGCGCCUGCGCGCAGCCCGAAGCCUCACCGCUCCUGCAGCCGGGCGAACGCCUCCUCCUCUGCCCGCUCCAGGGCCUCCGGCGAGGGCCUGGGCGCGCCCUCGUUGUGCCGCCUGAGGCGCGCGAUCGCGUCCUCCACGCUGGGCAUCCCCGCGCUCGCGCGUGGCUUGGGCCCUGUGCGAGGCCUCGUGGCGGCGCGGGGGCUCGUGCCGCGCGCCAGCGUCUCGGGCCAAGCGCGGCUUGA